AAGCGUAGGAUACCGGUGAACGAGGAAGAUCCGUGUCUAGCAGAGGAAACACUCCCCGUCCAUCACAUCCCGCUAGAGAUUAUCCUGCCACAGUUUACUCGCCUCACCGAGAUUCGCAUUAAUUUCGGGCUCGUUUAUACGAACGACGGUUUCGAGUGGCGAGACUUUGAGAUUUCCAUAGAGGAUUGCGUGGGUCUUGGCCGUGGGAUUAAAGCUUGCCCGCGAUUGAAGAAAUUUACUUUGACCAGGAGUAAUCUGGAUCGACCACGUGUGGCGGCUCUUCUUCAAGGGAUGCUGGAGAAUGACAGUAUCGAGGAGAUGGACUUUUCUCACUGCAAGCUGGCAGACAAAGGAGCCCAGGCAGUUGGCGAGUUUCUCUGCCAGAAGAAGAAGAAGAAUAUAAAAACGCUGCAUUUGGCCAACAACGAGAUAGGAGCGGAAGGCGUGGCUGGUAUAGUUUACGCGCUGUUAAAGACCGAGGACGCGACACUGCAGCAUCUGAAUUUGAAGUUGAACCCUCUGUUGGACGACGGAGCGUUUCACAUGUGUGCCUUUGCACUCGCGUUUGUCACUGUUUCAGAUCUGUUGAGGAGCAAAAGUUUGCAGGUUCUGGACGUGAGUGCCUGCGGAAUACAGACUGCUGGAGGUGCUGCACUUGCCCAAGUAUUCACUUCCAUAAAUUGGCGAGUUGUUCGAAACAGCGUUGAGAAACGCUCCGUUUAUAGUGGGAUUCGAGGCUCGAAUGUGCAACUUCUCCAGGCAAUCGGAAUACUCUAUCCACGAGAGCGUAUUCAGGUAAGAGGAAUGAAGAAUCUCGCGAAUUUCGCGAAUCUCGACCAACGACAUUUCUCACUGCACUCCUCUAUUUUUCUCCAUUUCCCAGGAACAAACAGAGAAAAAGGAAGGAAGAAACGAAGCGGAUGCU